GCCUUAAAUACCAGAUGACUUUCACUUCUGUACCUCACUCUGUCGCUUUUACACACACAGACACACACACACACACUCUCAUCUGUUCUUUCAGCAUGGGCAACUUUGCAGCAAAUGAAGGACUAUCCAUCUUUGUUAUUCUGGUAUGGCUUGGAAUCAAUGCUUUCCUCUUUGUCCAUUUCUACAUGGCAUUUUUGGUCGACCGUUUCUAUUACAGCAGAGUCAUCCUCGGGCAUGCUCUGCCCUGGGCGAGAGCUCCAGCUGCGUGUCUGAACUUUAACUGCAUGUUGAUCCUCCUGCCUGUCUGCCGCAACCUUCUGUCCUUCCUCCGAGGCACCAUACAGUGUUGUAGCCGUACGGCUGCGCGUCAACUAGACAGGAACAUCACUUUCCACAAACUGGUGGCCUACAUGAUUGCCUUCCACACAGCGGUACACACCAUCGCUCAUCUUUUUAAUUUCGAGCGCUUCGAGUCUGCUCAGCGGGAGGGCAACAACAAGUCACUGCCCCACGUUCUGUCUCUGAUUGGCAACAAGGGCAAUGAGUCUUACCUCAACCCCAUCCGAUCCAGGGAGACAAGCCAGACUAUUGUGAUGUUCACUACGAUUGCAGGACUGACAGGUGUAGUAAUCACCCUCGCCCUCAUCCUCAUCAUUACAUCCUCCAUGGAAGUCAUUCGCAGGUCCUAUUUUGAGGUGUUCUGGUUCACCCAUCACCUCUUUAUCAUCUUUUUCAUUGGACUGGUGCUGCAUGGGGUUGGUCGUAUUGUACGAGGGCAGACCAUUGAGAAUGUAAAGCAUCACAACCCUAAAAAUUGUAGCAGUCGGUUUGAGAGAUGGGGCCUCGACCCUGACUGUCCUAAGCCGGAAUUUGCAGGAAAUCCACCAGGGACAUGGAAGUGGGUCAUUGGGCCGAUGAUCCUGUAUGUGUGUGAGAUGUUUGUGCGAAUCUACCGCUCGCAGCAGAAGGUGGUUAUCACCAAGGUAGUGAUGCAUCCAUCAAAGACCCUGGAGCUGCAGUUGAAGAAGAAGGGCUUUAAAAUGGAGGUGGGUCAGUACGUCUUCCUGAAGUGUCCAUCCAUCUCGCAUCUGGAGUGGCAUCCUUUCACCCUGACCUCUGCCCCCGAGGAAGACCACUUCAGUAUCCAUAUCCGUAUCGUUGGAGACUGGACCGAUGCCCUGUACAAGGCAUGCGGCGGGGACAAGAGCGGAGUUCAGGAGGCCUGGGAACUUCCCAAGAUCGCAGUGGACGGCCCCUUUGGUACAGCCAGUGAAGAUGUGUUUCGCUACGAGGUGGUCAUGCUGGUGGGUGCAGGCAUCGGUGUAACUCCCUUUGCAUCCAUCCUUAAGUCUGUGUGGUACAAAACUGUACAGCAAAACACCAAUGUGUUCACCAAAAAGAUCUACUUUUAUUGGCUGUGUCCGGAGACACAGGCGUUUGAGUGGUUUGCAGACUUGCUACAGUCCCUGGAGCGCCAGAUGAGCGAGAAAAACAUGGGUGACUUUCUCAAUUACAACAUUUACCUCACUCGCUGGAAGGAGACAGAGGCUGCUCACUUCAGAGUUCACCAUGAAGCAGAAAACGACCCCAUCACUGGCCUGAAGCAAAAAACACUGUACGGAAAACCCAACUGGGACAACGAGUUUAACACUAUCGCCACCAGUCACCCAGGGUCUAAAGUCGGGGUGUUUCUCUGUGGACCGACUCCUCUGGCAAAAGCCUUAGAAAAACAAUGUCUCCACCAGUCGCAGGCUGGAGCCGAAUUCAUUUUCAACAAGGAGAACUUCUAAUCUUGGAGAUGGCUAGGCGGGGAUACAACUUCAAUAAUCUCAUCUCUACUCAACUAAUUUGUAGUGUAUGUGUGAUGACCACAGAAGAAGAAAAAAAAAAAGUUUACUCAAAACAUACUUAUAAUGGAAAUUUAAGGGUAGCUACUGAACUUCAUUGAUAUGUGUUUAAAAUAUGUGAUGAAAUAAAUCCAGGAUUUAAACACUGGAGUUGCGAUAAGCAAUUCCGGUGUCUUACAUCUUAAUUCUGAAGAUUUUGGCAGGGCAGAAGGUGGAAAACAGCACAAUGUCAUCUUUACUAUAAGCUUUAAAUGCUAACACAUAGCUACAAAAUCUUCCCCCUGAAACAGUAGUUCUAUCUGAGGAAGGAAUAAAACGUAACACGGCAUAAUGUUCAACAACAUGGUGGUGUGACGUGCCAGGACACAAAGCAGCUUUACUACUACCACCCCCAAACUGAUUGUUUUUCUGUAACCGCACGUCAGGAAGUGUUUUAUUCCUCUUAUACUACAGCAAUUUAGUAAUACAGACAAUUUUUUAUUUAUUAAAGAACGACGUCAUACAUUUUUAUCCAUUUAUAGUGACAUUUACUGUUGUGGAACAAUUCAGUUCCUCUUGUCACUUACUUUAUAACAGCUGUGACCAGCCGUUCCUUUACCGCCCUCGUUUUCUCAAAAAAAAACAAAAAAACCCUUCUAAAGAAACACUUCCUCACAGAAAACUUCAGCAUCUGCUACACCCUGUGUAAGUCAUCACUCUAGAAAUAAUAACACAUUAUAAGCACAUUAAUAUUAGAGCUAUCCAAGCUUGAGUUAUAGAAAAUUAAUUGACAGUAUUAUAAAUAAUGUUUAUGGAGUGCCAGCAUCUGACUUCCAAUUUAUGAGAGUUUUGAGGAAAUUGGUUUUCUUUUCUUUUCUUUCUUCUGUGCAAGGAAAUGUGUUAAUCAUUGCCUGUUGAAGUAAUCAUCACACAUAUUACAGAUGCACUGGAUAAAGUUUAAAAGUUAUAAAUAGUUUGGAAAAAAAAAAAAAACCCAUAGCAUUCCUAUAACGUUAUGAUUAAAGGAUGAGGCGAAAGAAUGUCAGAACCAUGCUAGGUUGCUAAAAUCCCUUAUAUGACAGCAUAUAAAGGUGUUAAUCUUGAAGCUUUUGCUACAGUAUGAGAUAUGAAAAGCUGUAAUGUUGAUAUAAAUGGCUCAAAAAUAAUUGUUUUGCACUGAUGUAUGUUGGCUAUGAAAUUCGUAAUUGCUCAUCAUACUUGCUUUUCGUUUUCACUCUGCAGAUUUUUAAUUUUUUUUUGCCUUACAUUACAUACACUCCAAUCUGUAUGUAUAGAUGUAACAAGCCCUACAAACCAUUCUGCCACAAAUGAGACUAGUUUAACUUAAUUCCAGGAUUUGGGGCAAAAAAUAAAACCCUUUUCUUUAGGUAAGACCAAAAAUAGACAAUAUUACACUGUCAUUUUCAAUUGAAAUUGUCAAUUUUCAAAAGUCUUCAUUCCAUAUAUAUAUAUAUUUUUUCUUCUAACAUGGUGAAAUCACAGGAUUUUGUUGCAGAAGUGUUUUUAGAAAUAGCUGCCUAGUAUUCACACCAAUAAUGGACUUUCAAAAUUUUAUUUCCUCUUUGCUUUUGAGUUGUGGAAAUUAGGAAGCAAAUCUGCAGUAAUGUCAAAUGAACUUGUGGACAAAUCGCAAUAAAAGUUCAAAUGGUG